CCACUUCUGGUAGGUAUUCUGUGCCAUGACGCAGGAAAAUUUGCAGUCAUCCUGAAGACGACAACAAUGACACUGCAAAAUUUAGGAGCAUGACACAGUGAAAAUGUAGAAUAACCAGUGGCCCCCUAUAUAAAGAGCUGUGCUGGGUUUGUUGUUUUAUUCGUUUGAAACGAGAGCAAGAGAAGAGAGAAGGAAUUAAAAUGUCUGUGACAGUGAAGACGUAUUUCAAUUUUAGUAAAUGCAGUGACCCCGAGAUUCGUCGUUUCUCUAUCGAUACAGACGCAUCGACCAGCUACGAUUAUUUAGUCGAGAAGAUAAAGUCUGUGUAUCCUAAUUUGAAGAGAGAAGACCUUCAACUAUUUUGGAAAGACGAGGAAAAUGAAUACGUUUUGUUCUCAAGUGAUGAUGAACUAAUCGACGCAUUGACACACCAUGAUGGGGGAUUUUUCAGAGUUUAUAUCAAAGUGGUGUCAAAGAGUAGGCCAGAUCCAGAUGUGAGCAGUGGUGAUCAGGUUCAUGCACUGGUUACUUGUGAUGGCUGUGAGGGUAAAGUUGUUGGAUCAAGAUUCAAAUGUUCAGUUUGUCCAGAUUAUGACCUCUGUGGUACUUGUGAAAGUAAAGGUCUUCAUGCUCAUCAUCGCAUGAUAAGAAUACGCAAUCCUGACCCAUCCUGUUUCAUUCCACCUUGUCCCCCAUGGUUCAUGCCAUGGAUGCAUCGUGGUAGAGGAGGUAUGGGUCCCAGAGGAGGUAUGGGUCCCAGAGGAGGUAUGGGUCCCAGAGGAGGUAUGGGUCCAAGAGGUGGAUGUGGACCAAGACCUGGUAGUCCUUCCCGUGGAGGUCGUGGUGGAUGGGGUUGCCCUAGAUUCCCUGGAAAUUCAGGCACUGGGCAGAGACCAGGUCAAUCUGGAGAAGGCCAAGCAUUUUUCCAUCAGUUUGGUGAGGCACUCAACUCUUUCCUUGGCCCAUUUGGUGUUGACGUUCAUACAUAUGUUGAAAACAGUGAAGGUGGUUGUGGACAACAUGAAGGUGGCAAAUCACCAGCUACUGGACAAGGAGAAACAUCAAAAACAAGAGACAAGGAUGGUGAUGAACCAAUGGAUGAAGCAGCUGGUUCACCGCAUGAUGGUGACCAUACUUACGUUGUUGUGGAUGAUGAAACAGCUCAUGAUGGUGAAAACCCUGAGCCUCAAGAUCGCUUAGCGAACGCGCUUUCCUAUAUGAAAAGUAUGGGUUUUGACGAUGAAGGUGGAUGGCUCACUCAACUGCUGAAGGCCAAAGAUUUUGAUAUUAAUAAAGUCCUUGAUGCCAUUCAACACCCAGAAAAGAAAGCAUAACCGAUGAGCUAAUGGAACUUUUUAUUUCAAAAUUAUUUCAAAAGUUAGUGGGUACAGUGCUAGAUUUUUAGUAUUAAUGUAAUAAAUAAUAUUCAAGCAAUGUUUGAAACAAAUAUUAAUAUUGGUAGCAGCAGAUGAUGGAUAGAAGAAAAUAUGUUGGUGUCAUAAUUAUAUGGUGCUGGUAAAAUGGGGAUUCUAGUCUGAUUGCAGAGGUUUAAAAUAAGCAAAACACUUCUUUAACGUUUCGACCUAAGGCCUUCCUUAGGGGAGUUUAUAGAACGUUCUUACACAAACUCUCAUGACAAAGACCCUUAGAUUGAAACGUCAAAAAAUGUUUUUGUUUUAGGCAGUCGUUAUACCACAUUUGAUGCUAGUUGUACCUGCAACAUACCAAACAUAGGUUAUAUGUUAUAACUAAAGUAUAAGUUAUAUGUGCAACAUACGGAACAUAGGUGAUGUUCUAGUAGCCUACAGCUAGUGUACAUCCACCAGCUUUUUAAUAAUCGUGGAUUACAAUGCGUAUUUAGGAUGUCUCAUCAUCGUAAUGCUUGCUGCAUGUAUAUGUAAUCAGUGUGUUGCAAAAAAAUUUAAAAAUGUAGAAAAAAAUAAUUGUAAUUUGUAUUAUUUGGAGAAUUAUAUAAAUAUAUU